AUGAAAGCCUUCUUUUUGGUAGCAGCCACUCUGGCUCUUGUCACUACUCCAGCGAUCCACGCAGCACCAUCUGCCAGUGCUGAUACCAAGCAAAUCAACAUCUUGAAUCAAUGUGGACAUAAGCUGCAAAUUGGAUAUCAAGCAAAUGAUGACCCGCGAGGCCACAUCGUACCUUUAGAAUCAGGCAAAUCACACAAGAUCACUAUUCAAACAAACUGGGCAGGACGCAUCUGGGCAAGAGAAGGCUGUGAUGUUCACAAUUGCGAUAUUGCAGGAUCAGAUAAUCCAGCAUCUUUAGCAGAGUUCAAACUAUCCUCUGUGUUGGCAGACAUUGAUUACUAUGAUGUCUCAUUUGUAGAUGGCUACAACUACCCUAUUCGCAUUGAACCACUAAUGAUCCAAGGCCUGGAUCAACUUGUAAAAUUGGAUAAAAGACAUUGCAGGCCCUCUGAAUGUACAAGCCUUCCCACAUGUCCACUUGAUUUGCAAUCAUUGAAUGGUGUAGGUAAAUUUGUAGCCUGCGAGAGUGCUUGUUCAAAGUAUGGUGAUGACAAGUACUGUUGCACGGGCGCUUUCAAUACAGCAAACACAUGCACUUCAAAUCAUUAUGCUCAAAAGAUUAAGGCUCAAUGUCCUGAAGCGUAUAGCUAUGCUUUCGAUGAUGCUACAAGUGUGUACGGAUGUAAAGCUGCUGCCUAUCGAGUUGUAUUUUGCCCUUGA